AUGUUUUCGGUAGUAUUUCUUAUGCUCAUGUCAAAUACUUUUGUGUCUAGUACAGCCGACAAUGACGGUAAAAGCAGUCUCGUGUUCGUUUUCGAUACCACUAUGUCGAUGGCCAAUGAUCUGAGGCAGUUGAGGGCUGGCGCAGAAAUGAUAUUGAAGACGGCGUUGGAAGACAGCAAUGUUAUUGCGGAUUUCGUGUUUGUCCCAUUUCACGAUCCAGGCAAGUCAAAUGUCGGCCCGGCAACAGUAACACGAGACAAACAGGUGUUCAAAUCUGCAUUACAAGUUAGAGUAUAUGGUGGGGGUGACUGUCCCGAGAUGUCACUGGGGGGCAUCCUGCUGGCUUUAAACGUAAGUCGGCCGCAGUCCUAUGUCUAUGUGUUCACGGAUGCGACGGCGUCCGAUCAUAAGCUGGUUGGAUCUGUUCUAGAUUUGGUGCAGAGGAAACAAAGCCAGGUUGUUUUCAUAUUAACUGGCCACUGCAAUGAUCUUCAUAAGCCAACAUAUAAAGUGUACCAGCAGAUCGCUGCUGCAAGUUCAGGGCAGAUAUUUAACUUGAAAAAGAAUAGUGUUUAUAAGGUUCUCGAGUUCGUUAGGACUUCAAUAAAGAACAGGGCAGUCAAUCUUGCGUCGGCCAUAAAUCCUGCCGGUUAUAAUCAUACGCAAAAGAUACCAGUGGACAGCACAGUUGAUGAGGUGACUGUGUCCGUCUCAGGGGCGAAACCAAACAUCCGGGUGGUAAAUCCGAGUGGAAAAGAAAUCACGGGCCCACCGCAAUUAAUCACGACUUUGGAUCUCUCAGAAAUCAUGAUAAUAAAAGUUUUAGAGCCAGAACCUGGUAACUGGAGUAUAACAGUGGGAAGUACGGUGGAGCACUCCGUGAAGGUUGUAGGUCUAUCAAAUCUCACGUUCGAUCAUGGUUUUUCUAUUCUCCCUCCAACAUCUAUGGCAGAUACCAGCUACAGACCAUUACAAGGCACCUAUAACCACAUGAUGGUAUCUUUAUCCAAAAUCGAUAUACCAAUUGAAAUAACGUUCGCGGAAAUAUUGGAUUUGGAGGGUAGAUCACUAUUUGAAGUGCCGCUUAAAGUGUUUAAUACUAGAGAGAAGCUUUUUAUUGCAGACGCGUUUGUACCGCCCGAUGAAAUGUUCUAUGUAUCUAUAAACGGUUUUGAUGAGAACGGUCAAGAGUUAAGACGUGUCGGUGGCACUGCCGUGCAAGCGAAACCGCCUGAUGUUCCGUACUUAAAUGUACCCCAAAAGAUAGAAGCACAUUUACACGAGCAAGUGAUACUGACUUGCAAGGUAGAGAGUCUGGUUCCUGUGACUGCUGGAUGGUUCAAGGAUGGGAAGGAAUUACAGCCAACGACGUCAAGUUUACAAAGUACGUCAAUACAAUAUAUGAUGCAAGAUAUGUCAGAAUUUGAUAUUGGGAUGUAUCAAUGCAACGCCAGCAAUAUAGCUGGAACAGCGACAGCAGAAACAGUAUUGGAUUUAAUAGUGGAGCCCCCGCAAGUGUCAGUGUUACCGCUGAACUCUACAGUACCCGUGGGUACCAACUUGACUAUCACAUGUUCAGUAUUCAGCGAAGUUUUACUUAGCAAAACAUCUUUAAUUUUUAACGGAAGCAAACUUAACUACGAAAAAACAUUUAAGUUGUCGUACGAUGCAAAUGGUAUUUAUACUCUUAGUAGUAUCAUAGACAAAGUCACUGAACACGACCAAGGCGUAUUCACGUGUAUGGCAUCCAACAAAGGUGGAACAACAAACACAUCCACACACAUAACCGUCCAAUUACGACCGCUUGCGCACAUUCUCGGCCCGCACACAUUGACACGACGUGCGCAUACACACGUCCAAUUCGUGUGCUGUGUAGAAAACGCGUUAGAAAUGUACUGGGUUGAUCCAAACGAUUUAAUUCUAAAUAAAAUUAUGGUUAAUGGAAGUUAUAACGCGAUGUUGGAUAUAUCAGAUGUUAAAGAUGAUGGAGUUUGGAAGUGUGUUGCUGUUCAUAAUAAUUAUACAGUAUCUGAUUCCAUCAAACUACAUGUGCUCAUAAAACCAGAAGUGAAGAUAGAUGGCCCUAGCAAUAUUACAGUUCUAAACGGAACAGUAGUUCAAGUUAUUUGUACGAUUAUCGCUAAACCAGCUCCAAGAAUACUGUGGCAUAUGGAAACAGAAAGAUUUCUUCCAAACGAGGUUACAAUGGUGUCUGCAAAUACAUAUAAAAGUGUCCUUACAUUGGACAGUACUAAAGAACUUGUGAAUGGCACUUAUUUUUGCUUCGGUGAGAAUGCUGAGGGAAUAGACCAAGACAGCAUUAACGUGGAAGUGAGACGGAAGAUGAUUUUGCUAAAGGGAUUUAAUGAUAGCGCUGUGGAUCUUUACUCCAAAGUAGAACUCUUGUGUGUUGUUGACGGCUACCCCCCACCGCGAAUCACAUGGUACCACAAUAACACAAUCAUUUUACAAUCUACCCUCAAAGAAUCUACCAUGCUUAUAGAAAGGGUAGAUUUUGAUGAUCUCGGAGCUUAUUCUUGUGUAGCAGAUAAUGGUUAUGAAGUUUUGGAAGUUAAUGCCACGCUGAUGGUAAAAAAUCUUGAGCCCCCUCUACUGAAAAAGGAGCCAUUAAAAAGAGUAUCUGAAAAAGGAAAAUCAGCUAUUUUGACAUGUAGGUUACUUAAAGGCAAUCCUAAACCAACUUUAUCGUGGAAGUACAAGAGCUACAACUCCUCAAGAUUCACCGCAUUACCAGCUGCUGUAGACGUUAACGAAGACGACCUAAAUAUAUCAAGAACUUCAAUGGGACAUGGUGGAUUCUAUCAAUGCACUGCGGAAAACGUAAUAGGAAAAGAUUACUAUACGGUGGAGCUGAUUGUUCAAUACCCGCCUGUAUUCAAUAACCCGCAGAGUAUAGAAGAGCCAAAGAAAAUAAAAUUAGGGGAGAAAUUACAACUGGGUUGCAAUGUAUCGGGUAAUCCUCCGCCGAUGGUAGUUUGGACUAAGGAUUAUCAAGCUGUUGCAUUUUCUAGGAAUAUAUAUCUUGUCGAAGGUGACUUAGUGAUAAACAAUAUGACUGAAAAUGAACAAGGUGUUUACGUUUGUGAAGCCAUCAGUCAACUUGGUGCUGUGCAGAGAAACUUCACCAUUAACGCUUUUCAGACUCCGGCUAUACUUUCUUCCAAUAAUAAUGAGAAAGAAGUAUUAGAAGGACAACUGGUGGAGUUUCCCUGUUCGGCUCAGGGUCUGCCACCCCCUUUUGUUAAAUGGCUCCAUAAUGAAAAUUUAAUUUCUGAACGACGCAAACAUAUUGAUGAUUAUGGUCUGAGAUUUGUAGCAAAUUUGACGGACUUUGGUGAAUACAGUUGUGUUGCCAGCAAUGAACAUGGAACCGAUACAUUUAAUUAUACGCUAUAUGUCUGGGUGGCGCCAUCUAUAGAACCACCGUUAGAAGUUACGCUUAACGUUUUACCAACUACCAAUAUAACACUGAAUUGUGACGCAAUUGGAUUUCCUCUUCCGCACAUAUCGUGGGAAUUUAACGGAGACAUAUUACAGCAGAACGACACAAACAUCAGCUUUAAUUAUGUAGGAAAUUUAUACAUUUACAAUGUAAGCGCCCACACAGAAGGACAAUACACGUGUAUUGCAACAAAUAUUGCUGGUGCUGCUGUCAAACAAUUUUUCAUAAACGUACAAGAACCACCAAAAUUCAGUACAGAAAACUUGGAAGAAUACAUUGGGAUAGCUGGAAGAGAUUCUUCUAUAAUUCUUACAUGCAAAGUGUCAGGCAAACCUCGACCUUAUGUAUUAUGGAUUAAAGACGGUUAUUACUUGGAUAGAGAUUCUCGUUACGAAAUAGAUAAUGAAGGUAGUUUAACAAUAAAUCUACCUGCAGUGGAGUUCAGUGGCAAUUAUACGUGUAUGGCAAAAAAUCCAUUAGGAAAUAUUAGUAGGACUGUACAGGUGCAUAUUUACUCACUACCAAGUCAUAUACAAGCAGAUGAGACACUAACUUCCGUAAAACUGGUAGAGGGGAAGAGUGGUUCCGUGGAUUGUCCUAUACAGCACGCUGAUCAUGUCAAAUGGUAUAAGGAUGCUAUAUUAAUAGCAAAUAAUACACUUACUUUCGCCAAUGUUACCCGUUCCAUAGUGGGUACGUACGCGUGUGUGGUAUCGAACAUGGUCGGUUCGGCGCAGGCGCAAGUCGCUAUUAAUGUUUUGUGGCCGCCAAGCUUUGUAAGUCAAGCAGUACAUGAAAAUGAAGUCAUAAAGGGUGACGAUUGUUUUCUAGACUGCGAGGUUAAUGCUAACCCGAAACCAAGGAUAAAGUGGUUAUUCAAUUCCAAUUUAAUGCUUGAUGAAAACCAGGGUAAAUUGAAAUUGUUGGAUACGAAGCUGCAUAACAGUGGCCUCUAUAAGUGUAUAGUCAGCAAUGAGUAUGGUACUGUAAAUAGGGAAUUUACCUUAAACGUUUUAGAGCCCCCAUACAUAUCGCAAUUUGAUUUGCUCGACGUCCAACUAAAAGAGGGAACUAAUGCUACUCUCGAAUGUACCGCAAAAGGUAUUCCUGAACCGAAAAUAUCUUGGAGUUACAAUAACAGCCAUUGGCAGCAACAGAAUACGACGCUGAUCACGACAAAUUUAUCUCUACAAUCUGAGGGUAUUUUUCGUUGUGAUGCGACAAAUAAAGCUGGUGUUGCUCACCUCGUGUACAACGUUACUAUUGUCAGUGCUGCCAGGAUAAAAAAUAUUGUUCUAUUUGCGGGAGGGGAGGGUAGCACCCUCGAUAGAGUUGUGGAUGUAACGCUAAAUUCAAAUGUGCGAAUCGCAUGUUCUGCAUCUGGUAACCCCAUGCCUGUAAUCCAAUGGCUACGAAACGGAAAUAAAAUAAGUCAAAAUUUAAAAGAGGUCGGUUAUGCUGAUUUGAUAUUAAAAAUUACUAUAUCAAACCCUGGCGUUUAUACUUGUGUAGCGGUGAAUGAAGGUGGAAUCGAAGAGCGAAGUAUCAGAGUCAAUGUUUUAGAACCUCCGAGAAUAUUUGGAUCCUUAAACCAAGACAUAAACACUACAUCACAAACAAUUAACUUGAAUGUACUCUCCGAUCAAUCUUUUUACAUGCAUUGUCACGCGUAUGGUAACCCUGUCCCAGAAAUAUACUGGUUCAAAGAUGGGUUGCCAUUAAAAAUAUAUGACGAUACAAUGGUUUCGAGGGAUUUUGGGGAAAUUGUAGAGGUGCGGCGGGCAAUACAGGAGCAUUCCGGGAAUUAUACCUGUGUUGCCAGGAACGCUGUCGGUGAAGACAGGCUUGUUUAUUUAAUUGACGUUUUGGUAGCACCUCCUCAACCGAAGGAUAAUCUGAAACAUUUGAACGUACGAACAGGCCAAUCGCUUAAUCUAAGUUGCCCAGCCGUGGGACGACCUCUGCCUUAUGUAACCUGGUUCAAACAUCCAUAUACAGAGAUUGGACCAAAUGACAGAAUUAUAUUAACGAAUGACAACUAUACUUUGACAAUCAACAACACAGAAGUGUUAGACGCUGGUAAAUACUCCUGCAUAAUGACAAACAAAGUUGGCACGACUGAGAUAAUAUUCGAUGUGAUUAUAGAAAAGCCGCCGUCCAUCGCUGGUAAUGUAGGGAAUAACGCGACUGAAAAACACGUGGUUGCAUUGCAGCGCAGCGUUGUAUUAAAAUGUGAAAGUGAGGGUAGUCCUACGCCAAAAAUUAGUUGGUUAAAGGAUAUACAAAAGCUUAAUGAAAAUUUGCCAAACAUACAAAACUUACUUGGUACGAGUUUACUGGCCAUUUGGAGUGUUGGCACACGUGACGCUGGCCAGUACAUCUGCGUGGCUGAGAACAUCGCUGGCACAGCGCAUAGACGAUACAACAUUAUCGUGCAAGUACCUGGUAAAUGGAGCAGCUGGUCCGGAUGGAGUUAUUGCAAUGUCACUUGUGGCCUGGGCUAUCAACGACGCACGCGCAUAUGCCAAUACAUUGACGAACGUAACAAUACAUAUGAUAAAACUACUCAAACUGGCAAAAUUAUUUUAGACGACUCUGCCUGCAAAGGGAGUGUGGUGGAUAGAAGAAAAUGUCAUAUGCCACCAUGCGAGGAGGAUUUAUCGCAAUCUAAAUGGUCACGGUGGUCCCGUUGGUCGUCGUGUUCCGCGACGUGCGGUGCGGCUACCCAGAUGCGCACGCGCCGUUGUAUUCCUCCGGGAACUUGUAGUGGGGAUAAUAUACAGAUUCGUAAAUGUUCUGGUCUUCCACGCUGCUAUGCCAGGGAGAGAUCAACGAAAGAUGUCUUUAAAAAUGGAGAAAGACACUUUGACAGGAAUUUAGACUACCUCCCGGAAGCUACGUUUGAAUUACAACCAGAGACAGAUUCUGGAAGUCCAGACCCGAUUGAAUACGAUGAUAUUUUUCCAAACCCAGCUUACAAAGCGUCACCAUUUUAUGAAGUUAACGUUACUGAGAAUCUAGAUCACAGCGAGAGGGGUAUUUGUGAGGCCGGGUACUGGUAUAAUAUUGAGGACAAUAGUUGUAUUGAUAUUGACGAAUGUACGCUAGAUGCGAACCAUUGUCAUGCAACUCAAAUGUGUUCUAAUAUCCCCGGCGGAUACGGAUGUUCUUGCCAAGAAGGCUUUACGUCGCUUGGCGCCGGCCAAAGAUGUUUAGAUAUAAACGAGUGUGAACAGAACAUAGCGCGUUGCGAAUUCGCGUGCGUAAACACUGCGGGUGGUUACGUCUGUGCGUGCCCCAAACAUCUGCGCUUACACAGAGACCGACAUCACUGCGUAACGCCGUUCGAGUAUAAUAAACCACAUUUUUAUGAAGAUCUGGGUGAAGACUACUUGAGCACAUCCAUUGAAAUUCCUUACAAGCGUUCUAGAGGAUGGCGUUAA